CAUCACUGUGUAUGUCUCUGCUCUGUCUCUGGCCAAUUUUUUAACUGUAGACUUUCUUCCUCAUUGAGAAAGAACAAUGUCUAGUCAAGGACCAUCCUGGAUUACACAACUGCUGCUGCUGCUUACUUUCUUCUUCAGGGACAGCUUCUGCAUUUGCGAUGGAACGACCUGGACAAAGGCUGGCUGGGAAAUCUUUCCGGAAGAAGUUCACUACCUGAAGGUUAAGCCGGCUCCCUCCCAGUGUCUGCCUUACCCUCUGGACAGACUGUUCUGCAGCUCUGCUAACAGGGACAUACUUCAGAGCUGUCUACACCUCACUUUUAUUCUAGCACAAGCUCUCUUCAUAAUCUUGUCUGUUUUAUCUGUGCACUACCUAUGGAUGAAAUGGAAGAGACACCAAAGAAAGCUGAAAAAACAAGCUUCUUUAGAUAAACUUGAAAAUGACCAGAAAAGCCCAUCCUUCUGUGACAUUGACCAGCUACUCUCUACACUGCUGACCACCUCAUCCAUGAUGAACAAGUACCUGAACCAAGUGUCAAAACAUUCUAAGAAAAUCAGGCAGCACAAAGUGAAGAGUAAAGAACCAGCAAAAGGCAGAAGAGCGUAAACAUACACACACACAAAUGUAG